AUCAAUCCAACGGAGAACAAGUGUCACAACAAAAGUGAAUCUCACUCAAUAAAUGAGUAAAUGAAUCAGUCUUGAUCUCAAAACGUUUGAAGCAAGUUUGAAAAUUGACAUUGAUCCGAGCAAAUCUGAAAUUGUGUGAGAAACAACAGAUUUUUCUAACAUAUUUCGAACAUUUCCAAAAAGAUUUUGUGUCUCGCAAGGAUGGUCGAUCGAAAUGAAAAAUUAAAUCGAAAACGGCAGCAGAAUGAAGGCGAUGAGCCGAAGGAAAUGAGACAAGAGGCCAAACGACUGAAAGAAGAACCGAUUGAAGAAGCUCCUGCAGCAUCAACACCAACAACAAAAAUCACCGAUUUGAAUAACGAUUGCCUUGAGCACAUCUUCAACCAUUUGAAAUUCGCCGACCUAUUCAAUGUUGCCGAUUCAAACAAACACUUGGUCGCAGCUGUUGGUCAAGUUUUCUGGAGAAAAUAUCGAAAAAUUCCGGUUGAUCUUUACACUUGUGUCGCAAAUGACGCAUAUUUUAAAUUGACGCCAAAUUGUAUUUGGUUGUACGAUCGAACGGCUGCGUUGAAAUUCCUUCGCAACUUUGGUCAUGUCAUCACCGAUUUGAGAAUCACUUGUUUCCGCACCAAUGACGCAUAUUUCACCGAGCUACAUCGCUAUGUGUUCGAAUACUGCAGCGAAACAUUGAUUGACAUCAGUUUUUCUUAUAUGAACGGAUGUGUAUUUUCAUCCAUCGAAAAGUCGUUUCCAAACAUUCAAAGUGUCAACUUCAAUUACGGAAGAAUGAAUGAAAAUCUGUGCCAGAUCAACAAGUGGUUUCCGAACGUGCGCCAUUUGAAUUUUGGAAGUUUCGUUAAAUUAGACGAUCGCAAGUGCAUCCAAGCGCAUUACCAGCAUUUGCAAAGCUUAACGGUUGAGAGAUUCAAUUCGCAAAAUCAGAUCGGGUUCGAAGAGACAAAUGUUAUGGAAGCGUUGCGUUUAAAUCCAAAUUUACAACAUUUGAAAGUGAAAAAUUUCCCUACGAAAUUCCUUCGAAAGAUCAGUAAAUAUAUGCAACGCGUGGAAAAUCUCGAAAUCACGCUUCGUUCUGGUGAUAUUAAUCACCGGGGCCCAUUAAUUCGUUUAGAGAAUGUGAAGAAGCUUUUGAUUCACAUGGAAUCGGAACAACAAUAUGGCUUCAUGAACCUCCCAUUUACGUUUAGUCAUGUUGAAGAAUUGAGAUAUGUGACUGAUAGUAGUUGGAAAUCAUUUUACCUCCAAUGGAAUGCAUUCUUCAGCAAAAAUCCUUUGCGGAAAGUGCAUUUCAAAGCCUGCAAAUUGGGCCGCAAUGCACCACUAACCAUUAAAAAUGAUAUUCUGACUAAAGAUUUGCCAUUGGUGACGGAAUUGAUACUGGAAAAUUGCCGGAUUUCGAUCAAUGAAGCUACUGGUUUUCUGAACGAAUGCCGAUUCCUGACAAAAUUUGGAUUUAAUUUUACCUCGCUCCAUGAAUACGAGAUGUUGCUUAAACUCUUGGGAACUGUGACGGAGUGGCAUGGAAACUUUGAUGAAAGUAAUCGUUAUGUUGAAUUGGAACGACUCAUGAUUAAACAAAAAUAAUAUAUUUUUUUUUAUUUCUUCGAUUCAUUCCGAUGUUUUUACUAUUCAUUAAAUAGCAUGUUGCAAAAGUGCCUCACUGUCAUUUUGUAUGAAAAUUCUACAAAACGAUUUGAGCGCUGUUCGCAUGAUUACAUGACGGCUUUCAUUUGAACUAAUGUGAGGUACAUUUCAAAAGUA